AUGUUCCCAGACAUUCUCCGCAAGUCUUCACCCCCAACACGAUUCGCCCGAUUAGGUUCCGGCACUUACAAGAAAAAGGAAAAGCGCCACGAGCCUGCAGAAGACCCACCGCGUGUUUGCAGGGGGAGAACGGAGGCGUUUGGUCCGCAUCCGCCUGCGAAGCAGUUUGUGCUUUGUUUCGAUGGCACGGGGAAUAAGUUUGCUGGAGAUGCGUCCGAUACGAAUCUUGUCAAGAUUUACCGUAUGCUAGAUCGAAGCCAAAGCCACCAAUAUCACUACUACCAGCCCGGCAUAGGAACGUACGUGACAUCGCACACACUAGGAAGCAAGAGCCGGCUCGCACGCAUCAAAUCGGCCUACAAAAAGACCAAAGAUGUCGCUCUCGGGUCCUCGUUCGACGAACAUGUCUUGGGCGGCUACAAGUUCCUCAUGCGCUACUACAUCCCAGGCGACGACAUCUACUUCUUCGGCUUCAGCCGCGGCUCGUACACCGCGCGCUUUCUAGCCGAGAUGCUCGAUUUCAUCGGCCUCCUUCAACCGGGUAACGAGGAGUUGAUCCGAUUCGCCUGGAAGACGUUUGCCAAGUGGCAGCAGCGCAAGGACUCCACUGAAAACGACAACGAAGAGCGGCAUCGGCUGUUCAACUUUAUGAAGGCGUUCCGAGAGACCUUUAGUAGGCCUGUUGGGCGGAUACGGUUCAUGGGCUUGUUCGAUACGGUGAACAGUGUGCCGAUGUUUGAGAAUGCGUGGAUGGAGAGGAAUAAGUUUCCCUACACGGCUAAUAGUACCGCGCGGGUUAUUCGGCACGCGGUAUCGAUUGAUGAGCGGAGGGCGAAGUUUCGGCAGGAUUUGAUCUCGCAGGUUAGGUCUGUUUCUGGAGGUGCAGGGCAUAAGUUGAGGCACUUGGUUGAUCAUGCGAGGGGCAGUGUGCCGGAUAUUGUUUUAAAUGUUUCCGGAGAUGAGAAUGGGAAUGAUCGGGCCGUGACGCAUGGGCGUGCGCACGAUCGGCCCGGAUCUCGUCAGGAGAGUGACCGUGGAGAAGAGCGGUAUCGGGCGUCGUCGCCGUUGCCUAGCCGGAGGACUAGUUCUGAGUUUCUGGCCAAUGAACGCGUGAAUGGUGGGCUGAUACCUGAUGUGAUAUCGCUUAAGAGCGCCGUCUCGAAAGCCCACCUUCGAGUCCCGAGUUUGCAUAUACCCGGCAAUGAGCACGACGAUGAGCAAGACAUUUCUGAAGUCUGGUUCCCUGGGCAACACGGAGAUGUCGGUGGAGGCUGGAAGCUCAACCCGAAAGAUAAAUGGCCCUUAAGUCAUAUUCCGCUCCUGUGGAUGGUCAAGGAGGCACAGCUUGUAGGGUUGGAGUUCGACGCGGAGAAACUUCGACGUUUCAAUUGCUACGAAGAGCCUGGGGCUGAGUACCCCGGACCCCAGCGCAAACCGAAUGACGGUCCAAACGGUGACUCUGCAUCGAACGCUCGCGACGUCCUAAGUGGAGAAAGUGAUGCUUUCGUUCAAGCCCUUACGCAAACCAUGGAUCAUGGCAUAGUACAUGACUGUCUUACUUAUGGGGGAGGAGUGUCGUUUUUAUCGACAUUGUCCUGGCGGCUGAUGGAGUACUUGCCUUUCAGAAGAAUGGAUCUCCAGUCUGAUGGGUCUUGGAAGCCAAUUCGCUGGCCGCUGCCUUGUGGAGAAGUGCGUGAUAUUCCUGAUGAUGCGCAGAUCCAUGUUUGUGCUAUCCAUCGCAUGGAGAUUGAUCCAUCAUAUCGGCCUGGGAAUCUCAUCAUUGGAGGUGGGGGCCGAGGUGUCAAAAGAGCCCCAGAGAGAUAUGGCAUUGGAGAGUGGGAGGUGUGUAAACAUGAGGAUGAUCUUGUGAGACGAACUUAUGUUCGUAAGAAGCCCGCAAGCGUUUGUCAAGAUGAGAAAUCCUCCGAGUCCGUUUGA